AUGCCAUUAAUGUAUACAUAAAGUUCUUGAUAAUGUUCUAAUAUAUAUAACGGUUUUAAUAAUGAUUUAAUAAGCAAGAAGAUUAAAUUCACAAACGAUUCAACUUUGUGCAUGAAGAAAACACGUAAACAUGUGAAAAGCUAAAGCAUUUCAAAAUACACUCCCCACUAUGUUUUUAUUUUUCAAUGUUAUUUUUAUAGAUAAAGAUUGAACACCCUAUUGUUAAAGAGAAAUUUUGCUAGCACGAAAAAGACGAGAUUUUUGUUGGAGCGUCGCCGGAAAUUAACGGGAAAAAAGAACGGAAGCCAACCCACAGAUUUCAAGCAACUUCUUUCAAAUGCACUUUUCGUAUAAAAAGAAUAAAGACGACCCCUGGCUUCAAACUUGCGCUUAACCUUGAGAAGAUCAGAUAAGGACACAAGAGUUUAUUUUGUUCUUAUCGUACUUGGCUUAAAUCUCAAAAGAAACAUUGAUAACGAUGGCGAACGUAAGAAUUCUUUGUUACGCCAUUUUCGGCAUCUUACUGCAGUUCAACAAAAGUAUGGCUCGCACAUCGACUUCAAUUAUCGAGGCGUAUAAGCCAACCACUAGCACAACAACAAAGACAAAAGAUGAAACAAGAGAAGAAGAGAAUCUCAACAAACUUGACAAAAUGUUAAUUACACUUGAACACAAGAUUCAAGAUAUAAAUUUUAGAAGAAGAAUCAUGGAACAACAAAGGAAAUUUCCAAUUAAUUCGUUUACUGCGAGAAUGGAAGCUGCAUUAGACAUUACGGAUUUGUCUCCAUCAAUUGUAUACACAAACCAGAAGAUCGUGUCUGGUAAUGGAGUAUUUUUGCAGAUCUUUCCCAAUGGAAAUGCUAAUGGUACAAGAGAUGACAGCAGUCCUUAUACUAACCUCACAAUAGAAAUGGUUGGUUUACUCGCCGGAGCCGUGAAAAUCUUGAUUAAAGGUGAAAUGAGCAACAAGUAUUUGACUUGCAAUGCAAAGGGAAAAUUCCAAGCCUUGCCCACCAGAUCAUAUAAUGGCGUAUUUUUGACCCCACAACCACCCAAACCUCAAGAAUCAAAGAAAAACUACUCGUUGUGGAAAUCUAAAAAAUACACGAACCUCAAAUGUGAAAAGUAUGGUUGGUUGCUUGGAUUCCGACACAAUUUUAAAUUGAAGAAAGGUCGUCAUGCUCGGGAAAGGCAACUCGAUUCUUGGUUCAUGAUUCUGUAAUGUACUUCCAAGAACUUAUAGCAUGACUUUCGACCAAACAUGGAUUUUAUCACAUGAUAAUCAUGAUUGUAUUCCCAGAGGUCUUAUCCUCAUCAAAAAAACUUGUGGUUAGCAAUAAGAACAAUUAUUGCCCCUAUUAUCACAAACAACUGUAUGAAAUUAAGACAACAACGGGAGUUUUCUAGAACAUAUUUACAGACAUAAAAUAAUAGAUGCAAAUUAAAAUUACAUUUAAUUAUAGAGUCUGCACUCGUUAACCACAAGAUAAAUUUAUUAAAAUUUACAAUAUUUUAUUUAACAUAUCGAGUCUUUAGGAACAUGUGUUCGUCAGCCAUCGAAGGCUGUUAUUAUUUUGUCAUAUUGCACUUUUCCUACAAAGGUUAUUCUGAUGUUUAGUUAUAAUUAUAUUUUUUUGGUUUGGGUAACAAACUUUGUUCAUAAUACACGAUGUAUAAAUUAUAAAUGAAUUUAUAAAAUAACAAAUCAAUAACUCAUAUGAGCAUCAGCUCCUUAUUUACUUCAUAUAAGACAAUGUAAAAAAGUUCAAUAAUUAUCAGUGUAUGAAUAAGAGAGAUGAGGUGAUUUUUCAA